AUGAACACAUCACUGAUUUUCUCUCCUAAACCUAAACGAGCAUCAAUAGGGCCUAUAAGGAGCCCUAUUCUUCUCUCAUAUAAGAUGCAUGAAAAGCCAGCUCAAAAUGAAAAUAUUGUAAACGAGCUGAAUUUUAUACUCACAAAUUCAGAAAAUUCUGGAAUUCGUGUUCAUGAAAAAACACCAGUUCAUGUAUUGAAGACUUCACAAAGACCGUUCUCUCGUCAUAUAUGCAAUCCAAUUGCAAGUGAUGACCUUUUCCAAGAGUUGAACUCAUGCGGCAAUCCAUAA